UUGGUUCUCAUGGGGCGUAAAACAACAUGCAUAUACUUCAUUGCAUGAAACUAACUUUACGGCGAUUGGUCUGAAAAAAAAUGGGACUUUAAGGCUUUAUAUUAAUUAGGUUUGAUUUAAGUUUUGUACUCCAGGUUCUAUGUUGAAUCUAAUGUAUCGUCAAAUUACAUGUUUUCGCACGUGUAUUCGCGCUAUAACGAGAUUUGGAGAUUUUCAUGUGAAUUUGCUGAAACGUCAUACCUGAUUAACAAGACAGAUCAAAUUUCAAUCGGUAUUGGAAUUGCAGUUUUGAAGCACAGUGAAGCAUCAUAACAUGGAGACUCAGUGCACUGAGAUAAAACAGGCUCCUUCAGAUGCCCCUGAUCCCAUGUGUGUCAUUGAGAACACUGAUGCAGGGGACGUGAUGGAGGAUAAACUAGAUAUGCAUCAAACAGGUGACAAUUCUUCAAACUUAUCUGAAGAUGGACAAACUGUUCCCAUGGAGACUACAAAUCCUUACAGCUACACGCAGAGGAAGGAGUUUACGUCAGAGAUCUACAAAGUCGAAAUUGAAAAUCUGCCAAGGAAUUAUGGAUUUGCUCAACUGAAGAAGAGAUUGUCCACAGCACUCAAGCUGAAUCCCCACAAGAUCAAGGCCAUGCCACAAACCAACUUUGCCUUUGUUACAUUUAAAAAUGCUGAAGAUCGGGAUGCUGCACUAGCGGGGAUUGAAGGUCACGUGUGGAAGGGCAAGGUCCUUCGUGUCAGGAAAGCCCAGCCAGCAGCUGAUCCUCUUCUGAAGAAACGGAAGUUGCAGGAAGAGCAGCAGGGAGAGAAGAAGCUACGAGUGGAUAAGGAGGACGACACCCCCUCUAGUGUCAGGCUCCUGAAGUGUGUUGUACCCUACUGGGGGGUUCCUUACGAAGAACAACUGAAGAGGAAGCAAGCUGAUAUUGCAGAUGUGCUAAAGUGGCUCGGCGGAAAUGGAGAGACCAGAAAUAUAUUCCGUGAACAGAGGAAGGUGAAUGAUGGCCUGUGCUGUAAACUGUUUCCAAUCAAGCCAUCGCCUCUGCUUCUCGGCUACAGGAACAAGUCUGAGUUCUCCAUUGGGAAGGGCGUCAAUGAUGAAGAUGCAAUUGUUGGAUUCCGCUUCGGUCUUUACAAAGAUGGACAUUGUAAUGUGGGACCCCCUGACGACAUCCCUAUCAUUCCUGACUCCAUGAAGAAAGUUGUACAGGCCUUCCAGCACUAUUUGACCACAAGCCAGUACUCUGUGUUCAACCCUGAGAACCAUUCCGGCCACUGGCACCAGCUGACAGUCAGAACCACGACAGGGAAGGACGUCAUGGCCAUUGCAGAGUUCCAUCCUCAGCAACUCGCCAAGGAGGCAUUGGAGGCAGAGAAGGAAUUGAUCCGAGUGUACUUUACUGAGGGAAAGGGAAGGGAGUCAGGAGUAACAUCCAUGUACUUCCAUCAAAGCAGGGCCAGAGCAUCAUCUGAGAAGAAUGAACCAUAUGAGCUUGUGUUUGGUGAAACUCAUAUCUAUGAAGAUGUCCUGGGACUGAAGUUCAGAAUUUCCCCUGAUGCUUUCUUCCAAGUGAACACUAAAGCCGCUGAGGUCUUGUACAGCCAGCUGGGCGAAUGGUGUGGCCUCACCCCGUCAACAACUGUCCUGGAUAUAUGCUGUGGGACAGGGACAAUAGGUCUCACCCUGGCUAAGAGAGUGGAGAAGGUGCUCGGGGUGGAGAUGUGUCAGCAGGCUGUCGAAGAUGCCAAGGAAAAUGCAAAGUUAAAUGGUGUGACCAAUGUGAGGUACUACUGCGGCAAGGCAGAGGACGUCAUCAGUCACAUGACGUCAUCGUUGUGGUCAAAAGACGUUGUAGCCAUUGUAGACCCACCAAGAGCUGGGUUACACAAGAAGGUUAUCAAGGCUCUCCGAGGGUGUCACAAGCUGAAGAGGCUCAUCUAUGUUGCAUGCAACGCCAAGUCUGCCAAAACAAACUUUAUUGAUCUCAUUCGCAUGGAGAGCAACAAGCAUCGAGGAGGGCCCUUCCUGCCGGUCAAGGCCAUACCUGUUGACCUGUUCCCCCAGACUCCCCACUGUGAACUCAUCAUACUGUUUGAGAGGGACAUGGACAACAGCAGCAACAAGACUGACCAACAGACUAGGACAGAGAUGGGGGAUGACACUUCAAGUCAGGCUCGGAGUGCCCCAGUUAGUGCCCCAGACGCUGCUUCGAGUCAGACAGGCAGUGGGCUCCCAGACACUGCUUCGAGUCGGACAGACAGUGCCCAAGACACUGCAUCGAGUCGGACAGACAGUGCCCAAGACACUGCUUCGAGUCGGACAGACAGUGCCCAAGACACUGCUUCGAGUCGGACAGACAGUGCCCAAGACACUGCUUCGAGUCGGACAGACAGUGCCCCAGACACUGCUUCGAGUCGGACAGACAGUGUCUAAGACACUGCUUCAGGUCAUUCUCAGUCUGCCGCAGACACUGCCUCGAGUCUGACCGACAAUGUUAAGCACACUGAAUUUGCCCAAGAUGAUGAGGUUUCCAAAGAUGAGACGGAAGGGGAGGGCAAACCUUCAGUCAGUGAUGAACUGAAGGAGGACAGUGCUGGAAUGGGUUCAAACAAAUGAUUGAAGUAGAAACAGGGAAAAAUGUUUUAUUAUAUUCACAGAUAUGCCUUGUAAGAUGAUAUUCAUCUUUUGUAAUAAAUAUUUCAAGGUAAA